GAAAUCUGCUCCAUCUAACGCAACAUCAUAUGAAUUUUUUUUCAAAUGUGAAGGUGAUCAGGUGACAGAAAAUGGCUCCAAAUUCUAAACUCUUGAUGGGGAUUCUGAUAAUGUGUUGCUGGGCAGCCAUGGUAGAAACAGAAUAUGUGAAGUAUAAAGAUUCAAAACAGUCACUAAGUGUUCGAAUCAAGGACCUGAUGAAUCGGAUGACUCUGGAGGAAAAAAUUGGCCAAAUGACACAGAUAGAACUCUCUGUGGCUUCAGCUGAGGUCAUGAAGAAGUAUUACAUUGGGAGUGUAUUGAGUGGUGGAGGCAGUGCUCCGGCUAAAAAGGCUUCUGCUGAGACCUGGAUCAAUAUGGUGAAUGAUUUCCAAAAGGGUUCCUUAUCCACCCGUCUUGGGAUACCGAUGAUUUAUGGGAUUGAUGCUGUUCAUGGUCACAACACAGUGUACAAGGCAACGAUUUUCCCUCACAAUAUUGGUCUUGGAGCUACAAGGCAAGUAUGUAGAGAUCCAAGAUGGGGUCGGUGUUAUGAAAGCUACAGCGAAGAUCCCAACAUUGUCCGAGCAAUGACUGAGGUCAUACCGGGAUUACAGGGAGAUAUCCCUGCUAAUUCUGUAAAGGGUGUUCCCUUUGUUGGUGGAAAGAAAAAGGUUGUGGCCUGUGCCAAGCACUAUGUGGGGGAUGGUGGUACAACUGAAGGCAUCAAUAUGAACAAUACAGUGAUAAGCAGGCAUGGACUUCUCAGCAUCCAUAUGCCACCCUACCGCGACUCAAUCAUCAAGGGCGUGGCAACAGUCAUGGUCUCCUACUCGAGCUGGAAUGGAAUUAAAAUGCACGCUAAUCGCGAUCUUAUCACUGACUAUCUUAAGAACACUCUACGUUUCAGAGGGUUUGUCAUCUCAGAUUGGGAAGGUAUUGAUUUGAUCACUUCUCCACCAUUUGCUAAUUACACAUAUUCCAUUCUAACUGGUAUCACUGCUGGCAUUGACAUGAUCAUGGUGCCACUCCGCUACAAAGAAUUUAUCAAUGAUCUUACUUCUCUGGUAAAGAAUAAAUACAUUCCAAUGACCCGAAUUGACGAUGCAGUGAAAAGGAUUUUACGGGUGAAGUUUGUUAUGGGUCUUUUUGAGAACCCAUUGGCAGAUCUUAGCAUGGCCAAGUACAUAGGAAGUCAGGAGCACAGAGAACUGGCAAGAGAAGCAGUGAGAAAAUCUCUUGUGCUGCUAAAAAAUGGUGAGUCUGCAGAUGAGCCAUUGCUCCCCCUUCCCAAGAAGGCCUCAAAAAUACUUGUUGCAGGAAGCCAUUCGAAUGAUAUUGGCUAUCAGUGUGGUGGAUGGACAAUUGAGUGGCAGGGACAUAGUGGCAACAUCACAGUCGGUACCACAAUCCUCGAUGCCAUAAGGAACACAGUUGACCCGAAAACGAAAAUUGUGCUCAAGCACAACCCUGAUGCUGAAUAUGUCAAAUCCAAGAACUUCUCCUACGCCAUUGUUGUAGUGGGAGAGCCCCCAUAUACAGAAACAUUCGGAGACAGCUUGAAUUUGACGAUUCCCGAACCUGGCCCGAGCACCAUUACAAACGUCUGUGGUGCCGUCAAAUGUGUUGUUGUCCUGAUCACGGGCCGGCCCGUCGUGAUUCAACCUUAUGUUGAUACAAUUGAUGCCCUGGUGGCUGCUUGGCUUCCGGGAACUGAAGGGCAAGGUGUCGCUGAUGUUUUGUUUGGGGACUAUGGUUUUACUGGCAAGCUUCCUCGGACGUGGUUCAAGACUGUUGAUCAGCUUCCAAUGAAUGUUGGGGACAGACACUAUGACCCUCUGUAUCCAUUUGGAUUUGGACUCACCACCACACCUAACAAGGCCAAAUAG